UAUAAUCAUGAAACUUGGUUGAAUCACGAUGAACCACCUAAGUAUGCGACGUUACGAUCGGCAGCAGAACUGGCUGAACCAACUUCAGAGUCUUCAUCUGAAUAUUAUGAUCAGCAACAUCAAUCUACCAGUCCUUUGUCACCACUGCAAAAUGUAUCUCGUGUUCAAUCCCGUACGAAAAGUUUAUCAAUGUGUUUCACAAGUACUGGAGCUGCGCUCUCCCUUCCACCUAAAAAAAAGGAUAUCUAUCGUCCUUACAGCUUGCAAACGAAUAUGGAGGUUCUACGAACUUCUCCUGAAGAGGAGCUAUCAGCUGCACAAGCAAUUUUGGAUUUGAGUGCAUCACCGAUAACAGCAAGUAAUUCAGUAUUUUUACAUAGUCUCUCACUGCCACCGGCAUCUUCUAAUUCAUCAAUCCAAUCGAAUACGUCACCUUCUGAACCAACACCAAUUCCAGUUUCCGUACAAUUACCCGUCCCAUCACAUAAUGUUUCCAAUAAACAAGAUCGCAAUUCAGAUUCUCUACCUUCUGAUAACGAUAAACUAUAUCCAAAUAAUAUUGUUAAUAACAACAAUUUGAGAAAUAAUAAAACUGUUGCUUAUACAUAUGAAGCUUUUUUCGUAUCAGAUGGAAGAUCUAAGCGGCGUUCCAAUAGUGUGACAGUACCAGAAAAAGAAACGAUUCAAUCAGAUAAACCUAAAUUUACUUGCACAGAAUGUGGUAAGCAAUAUGCUACAUCGUCUAAUCUCUCCCGACAUAAGCAAACACAUCGAAGUCUUGAUUCUCAAUCAGCGAAGAAGUGUAUUCAUUGUGGCAAAGCUUACUCAGCUUGCUUAAGAGAUGAAGAAAUGCAUGUAUACUCAUCAGAUCAAAUUCUUUGUGAUGAAGAACGAUCUCCACAACUAAACCGAGGCUUA